AUGCUACAGACGGGCGAGUAUUCUCUGAAGCAAGAAAGCUGCGGACAGGCAAUAUGCUCAUGUUUUAAGCGACAGAUAUAUUACAAGUUGGGAGCACAUCAGCUGAAGUUGGGAGCACAUCAGCUGAAAUUGGGAGCACAUCAAAUAAAGUUGGGAACACAUCAGCUGAAGUUUGGAGCACAUCAACUGAAGUUGGGAACCCAUCAGCUAAAAAUGGGAGCACAUCAGCUAAAGUUAGGAACACCUAAGCAAAAAUACCAGCUGGCUUUUAAAGUUAAAUUAGACAGCUUCAAAUUUACCUUGAACAAAUCAUGUGCUGCCUCACUGUUUGAAUUUCAGUUGCAAUACUUUCAUUUUUUGUUAUCCUUUCUUUCCUUUUUUAUAAACUAUCCAUUUGCCAUGAACAAGUUUUUCGGUAUGAUUGUUUUCAUCACAUGGAACACAUUUGGCUUUUAUUUAGCAAAUAAAUUGCUUUCUUUACUAACUACAGAUGAUACAAAAUUUGAAACGGUAUACUGCAUGCCAACCGUGCCAGCACUUGUUAGCAAAACUUCCUUGGGCUCGUGA